AAUCAUUAAACGAACUUUACAAAAAACACACCCUUUGCCCUACAAAACCACUCUCCCAUCCUCCCUUUAUCUCCCUGAAAUUACUUAAAAUAUGUAUACAAUUCACAAAGCCAGAAUCUCUAAAUCACAAGAAGAUCACAAAGCAACAUCCAUUUUGAACUAUUUACAUUGCAGUAUUAUAAUAAAACUUGUUGCAAAGAGGUUCUGCUUUAACAAUUGUAAAAAGAAAAAUUAUGGAAAAUUGAAUUUCAAUAAAGAGAACUCUACAAUUUAUUCUUAUGUCAAGCAUCAAAAAAGGGGAGAAUUACUAGGUAAUACAUGAUGUCUCCAGAUCAU